AUGACCUUUUGGUACUUGCGGGGUAAAAAUGAAAUCAUUACCCAGAACCACAUAGUCACAUGGGGGGGUAUGACAAGGGUCCCGUCUUUCGGUUGGAAGAACGUGUGGACCGAUUCGCCAACUGUUUCAUGCAGAAAAUCACAUCCUCCCGAUCCAACCAACCCCUGCGUAGACCCCGGUGUUGCUGCCUUGCUCAGUCAAAACACAACUGACCGUGCUCUUGCCGUGAGCGUGAUACCGGGUACAUACGGAGACCCACUUGGGCUGUCGCCCGUGAAUGCCCUCACGUUUCCCGGGUUUGAGCCAGACCGGGUCUUGCGGGUGGCAUGGUGGCCCGAGACGCAGGUGCCGUGGGUGGAUGCGGGCGACGUGGGAAUUGUGGUCGCGGCGGCCAUCGCGGACCCCGAGCGCUACUCUCAUAGGGCCAUUGAUCUCGCGGUCGAGGCACUGACGGUGGAGGAGUUGGCGGGGAAGCUUGGGCGGGCUCUACGGAAAGGGGAGGCCGGGGUGCCAGUGCCCGUGUCAGUGCAGUAUCGGUCGGAGGACGAGGUGGACCAAAGCGACCGUCCAAGAUUUGUUGCAUCCGAAACCAUGGACAUAGGGGUUCAAGAGGCGCAGCAUCAUUGUCAACAGCGACUCUCUCCGUUUAUCAUCAAUAUGAUACGCAUUAUGCAGCUAUGCAACCAUCCCCACCCUCAAGGUUGA